GCCGCGCUCGCCUGCCUGCCGCCCGCCGCUCCUGAGUAACAGAUGCGGGUGAAAGAUCCAUCAAGAGCCAACCCCGAGAAACCAAAGAGAAGCAAAAGGCCUAACAGGCCGCAGGAUGAAGACUCUUCAGAUGAUAUUUCAGGCUUAACCUGCCAGCAUGUGAGCCAAGCAGUGGAUGUGCAUCAUGUGAAGAGAGCGGUAGCUCAGAGCGUUUGGUCGAUAUGCGCAGAAUGUCUGAAGGAGCGGCGGAUGAGUGAUGGUGAGCCUGUGGCACCUUCGGACAUAUGGCUGUGUCUCAAAUGUGGCUCUCAGGGAUGUAGUAAGAAGUCGGAAGGCCAGCAUUCUCUGAAACACUUCCAAACAGCACGCACAGAACCUCAUUGCAUUGUUAUCAACCUCAGCACAUGGAUCAUAUGGUGUUAUGAGUGUGAUGAAGAGCUGUCAACGCAUUGCAACAAAAAGGUUUUGGCUCAGAUAGUUGACUUUCUUCAGAAACAUGGUUCCAGGGCUGAACCAAGUUCAUCAAAAAUUAUACGACUCUGUGAAGAAAACAGUGAAACCAGUGAAAUAUUGAAAGGAAAAAGUUCUGGUAAUGGUGCAUCAGUUCCAGUUAAAGGAAUAAAUAAUUUAGGAAAUACGUGCUUUUUUAAUGCUGUCAUGCAGAACUUGGCACAGACGCAUGUGCUAAAUGAACUGAUGUAUGAAAUGAAGGAGAAAGGAACAAAGUUAAAAAUCUGUCAUACUUCAGACUCCCAAUUGGAUCCUUUGGUGGUAAACCUCUCCAGCCCGGGACCUUUGACGUCAGCGAUGUUCUUGUUCCUUCACAGCAUGAGGGAGGCUGGAAAAGGUCCUCUUUCUCCCAAAGUGCUGUUCAGCCAGCUUUGUCAAAAAGCUCCUCGAUUUAAGGGCUUCCAGCAGCAGGACAGCCAGGAGCUUCUGCACUAUCUGUUGGAUGCGAUGAGGAUUGAAGAAACAAAGCGUAUACAAACUGGUAUCUUAAAAGCAUUUAAUAAUCCAACUACUAAGACGGCAGAUGAAGAAACUAGAAGAAAAGUCAAAGCAUAUGGAAGAGAGGGUGUGAAGAUGAACUUCAUAGAUAGGAUCUUUGUUGGUGAAUUGACUAGCACUGUCAUGUGUGAGGAAUGUGAAAAUGCCUUGUUUUUCACAGUCUUUCCAGAGAUUUCAACAGUAAAAGAACCUUUCAUUGAUCUUUCACUUCCUAUAAUAGAGGAGAGGGUUGCAAAACCCGUGCCUUUGGGAAGAACAGGUAAAGGUAAAAGUGUACAAGAGGCAGAUCUUGGUCAGUAUAACUGUUCUUCUAUCAGUACACUGAAUAAUCAACCCAAAAUUGUCAAGAAACACGCUUUAACAAAAGAUAAGAAUCAAUUGAACCAGGAGAGACGGCUUGCCAGAAAAGCCCCCUCUAAUGAAGAAGAAAAAAGUCCCGUUAUCAUGCAGGAAAAACCCAAAAAGCUUGAGCUGGAAGGUAGCUCUGGCGUCCUGUACUCCAAAGACACGAGUGCUGACUCCGCUGUAAAUGGAAGUCAGACGGACGGCAGUGAGAAGGAAGCCAGCCGCUCUGAAAGCAGCUUUGAUGCAGACAGUGAAGCCUCAGAAAGCGAAAGUGCUUCUAAGCAAACAGCUUUCAGCCCGUCCAGCAACAUGUCUGGUUUGCACGUCAACCACAUAAAUGUUAAAAUGCCGCACAACAAACAAAGUGACAGUAAUGAUGAGAUGAUUUCCAGUGCCAUAUCCAAACUCAGCCUCUGUGGUACUAUAAAUGAAGAUAAAAAAUCGAGCCGUGGGGAUCCUGCAUUAGGUUUAUCGAAUAAUUCCAUGUUCUCAGUAGAGAAAUCCCCGCUAUCCCAAAACCCUCAAAAUGCUUUCCAGACGCUUUCCCAAAGCUACAUAACUAGCUCAAAGGAAUGUUCUGUUCAGUCCUGCCUUUACCAGUUCACCUCGGUAGAGCUCCUAAUGGGGAACAACAAGCUUUUAUGCGAGAGCUGCACAGAAAGGAAACAGAAGUAUCAGAAGAGAACCAGCUCCACAGAAAAGAAAAUGGAAGGUGUCUACACCAAUGCUCGGAAACAGCUGCUGAUUUCUUCAGUUCCUGCUAUUCUUAUUCUCCAUCUGAAAAGAUUCCACCAGGCUGGUUUGAGUCUACGGAAAGUAAAUAGGCAUGUGGAUUUCCCACUGAUUUUAGACUUAGCACCAUUUUGUUCUGCAUCUUGCAAGAAUGUUACGGAUGGUGCAAGAGUGCUAUAUAGUCUUUACGGAAUAGUGGAGCACAGUGGGUCAAUGAGAGGUGGUCAUUAUGCGGCGUAUGUGAAAGUCAGGACACCCUCCAAGAAAUUACUAGAGCAUAUUUCUACCACUAAAAAUGUUCUGGGUUUAAAAGAAGCCAUGGGAGCGUCAGGAGGACAGUGGGUUCCAGAUCCUCCCAUCACUGGAUUGGAUGUCAGCUGUUAAGAUUUCUGCAAACAAGAACCUGUCAAAUUGUGUUGCUUCCACAUGUAGUAAUUGCAAAGCACAGUGCUUCCAGAAUGGAGUAAGAACAGGUGUCUCUGGGUAAUGCUGCAGUGCACCUUCCUGAUAGAGCUGGGAAAUGGAUUGCAAAAAUACAGCUUCUACAAAGUGACAGUGAAUACUCAGAUACCCAGUACCCUUUGAGCUGUCUCCAAUUGUCACCGGUAUAGCAAUGUACUCCUGUUUUAAUACAAAUACAUACUUGGUGUGCGUAUGUAUAUCCUCUGAUAUAUAGGUAUACAUGUGUGCGUGAAUAUAUAUAUGCACACCAUAAAUCCAUCAAUAUAUAUUGUUAUUUUACCUACUAGAAAAGAGAAUUACAAAUACUUCUGUAUUUAGUAAAUUUUCAACUUCAUAAUUAUGACAAAGUACAGCAUAUAAGCUUGUAUAUGGAUAUGUAUGGGGUUUAAGUGUAACUGACUGGGUAAUUGUUACUUUUGGUUCUAAACAUGAAUUUGUUUAUCUGUUCCUGAAUACUUUUCUCACAGGAGUAAUAAACUAUAAAUUAUUUUUGCACUGUGGGUGUGAGUUGGACAGUAAAUGAUGACUUUUGCCCUCUGAUACAUGUCUGGACUUCCCUUUGUCAUGAGUGGAGGACAGCACAUGUCCUGGUGGCAGAACUUGUUUCUGUAUUCUGUUUGACUGCCCUGUUUAGAGUUGUUACUGCUUUUGGUAAUUUCUCAUUUCCAUCGCACAGAGUAAUACAUUUUAAGGUCAAAAUCUGAUGACUACUUUGAAGCUAUGUGGUAAUUCAUGUAUUUAAUAAGCAGUUACUUAAAUACAAAUUACUUCUGUAACAGUUUCAUCCUGUCCAACUUACUCUUUGGUAGAGAAAAGUCUAUGUUUAUUUCUACUUACUAUUUUCAUGGUUUUUGGUGAAAAAAGGUGCUGUCCCUGUUAUGAUCUCUACCAUGUGUUUUCAUACCUACUUGCAUGACUUUCCUAUUCUCUAGUUCUGUUUCAGAGCUUCAUCCCACCUGCAUUCACUCUUCUGCAUAAGGAAAUAGCAGAACCUGCCAUAGUUGCAUUUGCUCAAACUGCUGAGGUAUAAUUUAUAGCCACAUUACUUGUACAUACUUGUGCAGGCACUACGGAUUGUUAGGCCACGCAACUGAUUGUUAUGACAGAGUAAGUCCCUGGUCACACAGGAUUUUAUUUUACAAAGGAAAACUCCGCUGUUUAGGUCAAAAAUAGGCUAUGCAUUUUGGCCAACGCAAUCAGUUUUUCCCUCUGCAGAUAAAAAUUGUCUCAGUCUACCAAAAGUAGUAAAACUCAGAGAAACCAAGCAGUUAACUUUAGCCAUCUGGGCAAGAAUCGGAGCACAUAGCAAUUAAGUUUCACUUCUGUGACACAAUUUUGCUAGGAGACCACAGAUGGAGUAUAUUUCAUCCACCUUAAAGCAGACAGACUAGAUGAGGCCUGAAUGAAGUUCCUAGUUUUGAUGACUUCUGUUAAAACUACUGAAAUUAACGGGUACUUAAUUUCCUACUUUUUAGCCUAGAACUACCUCCCUAGAGUACAAAACUAGGAGAGAAACAGAACAAGGUUCUUAACCUGUUAUUUCUUAUUUUUAAUGCUAUUUUCAGGAAACUCUUGAACUGGUCUUCGCUUCUCUUUAACCAGAGUUAAAACACAGUUAAACACAGUUUGGACCUCUGAAAUCUUCCUAAGUGGACAUACUGACUAGGAUGCCAUGAAAGAUGCUGGCAGGAUUAUUUCCUCAUUAACAGCC